AGAAUCAGCAAGAAACCUUUUAUUUGGAUAAGCCGCUCUUCUGAAGCGACUAUUCAAUUUCUAAGCUUAAAAUCAGCAAAGCCAUUGCCUAGCAAUGACCGACGGCAGCUCCCAAGUCAUAACUUGCAAAGCAAUAGUAUGUUGGGCAGAAGGGGAGACAUUGAAGGUGGAAGAUAUACAAGUAGAACCACCAAAGUCAUAUGAAGUUCGAGUUAAAAUGUUAUGUGCCAGUGUUUGUCACACCGACAUAUUGUCCGCCAAAGGAUUGCCGACACCUAUUUUCCCACGAGUCCUGGGCCACGAAGGUGUCGGGGUGGUGGAGAGCAUUGGUGAGGGAGUUAAUGGGCUAAAACAAGGAGAUAUUGUGAUUCCAACCUUUGUUUCAGAGUGUCAAACAUGUGAAAAUUGCACAUCCGGGCAGACCAAUUUAUGCUUGAAAUACACAUUGCUUUGGGAUAGCCGACAGUUGGAUGGCAAUUCAAGAAUGUCCAUCAAAGGCCAAAGCUUGUUCCACCGAUUUGGAUGUGCCACUUGGUCUGAAUAUAUGGUUAUAAAUGCCAAUUACGUUGUUAAGGUUGAUCCAUGCAUACCUCUUUCAGAUGCAAGCUUCCUUUCAUGUGGAUAUUCAACUGGAUUUGGAGCUGCUUGGAAAGAGGCUAAGGUUAAGGAGGGCUCAUCCGUAGCCGUUUUCGGUCUUGGAACUGUCGGAUUAGGGGUAGUUGAGGGAGCUAGAAUUCAAGGUGCAAGUAAAAUAAUCGGCAUAGACAAGAACCCGAGAAAAAAAGAAAAGGGACUAGUUUUUGGAAUGACGGAUUUUAUAAACCCUUACGAUUCUGAAAAGUCCAUCAGCGAAUCAGUUCGAGAACUAACCGGUGGAACGGGCGUGGAUUAUAGCUUCGAGUGCACUGGGGUUGGACCCUUGCUUAAUGAAGCCAUUGAAUCCACAAAACUGGGAAAAGGAAUCACCAUUAUGAUGGGUUCAGGAGGUAAAUCAAGCAUGCAGAUAAAUUUCCUUCCCAUGAUUUGUGGAAGAACUCUGAAGGGAAGUGUUUUUGGAGGCCUAAAACCCAUAUCUGACCUUCCUAUUCUACUUGAAAAAUGUAGAAAUAAGGAAAUCCAUCUUGAUGAACUCUUGACACAUGAAGUUGAGCUAGAAGAUAUAAACAAAGCAUUUGAGCUGCUGAAGGAGCCAGAUUGUGUGAAGGUUCUGGUCAAGAUUUGAUUGAUCUAAGCAAUAAGAAUGCGUUUGUCUUCUCUCCCUUUUAAAUACCCUAA